AUGUUGGACAAACUGCCCUGCAAAGUCGCUGACAUCAGCCUGGCCUCCUGGGGUAAGGCCCUGGACAUCGCAAAGUAUAAGAUGCCAGGCCUGAUGCACAGGCGGGAGAUGUACUCAGCCUCCAGGCCACUGAAGGGCGCCCGCAUCACAGGCUGCCUGCACAUGACAGUGGAGAUAGCUGUCCUCAUUGAGACCCUCAUCACCCUGGGUGCUGAGGUGUGGUGGUCCAGCUGCAACAUCUCUCCCCGGGACCAUGCAGCAGCUGUCAUUGCCAAGGCGGGCAUUCCAGUGUAUACCUGGAAGGGUGGAACAGAUGAGGCAUACCUGUGGUGCUCCGUGGAGACGCUGUACUUCAAGGAUGGGCCCCUCACCAUGAUUCUGGACGAUGGGGGUGACCUCUCUAACCUCGUCCACACCAAGUACCCGCAGCUCCUGUGGGGCAUCCGAGGCAUCUCUGAGUAGAACACGGGGGCCCACAACCUAUAUAACAUGAUGGCCAGUGGGAUCCUGAAGGUGCCUGCCGUUAAUGUAAAAACUGUCGCCAAGAGCAAGUUUGACAACCUCUGUGGCUGCCAAGAGUCCCUCAUAGAUGGCAUCAAGUGGGCCAUAGACGAUAUUGCGGGCAAGGUGGCAGUGGUAGCGGGCUAUGGCAACAUGGGCAAGGGCUGUGCCCAGGCCCUGAGGGGUUUUGGAGCCCAUGUCAUCUUCACGGAGAAUGACCCCAUCAACACACUGUAGGCUGCCAUGGCGGGCAAUGAGGUGACCGCUAUGGAUGAGGUCUGUCAGGAGGGCAGCAUCUUUGUCACCACCAAAGGCUGUAUUGACAUCAUCCUCUGCCGGCACUUGGAGCAGAUGAAGUGUGAUGCCAUUGUGUGUAACAUCGGACAUGAUGUGGAGAUUGAUGUCAAGUCGCUGAAUGAGAAUGCUGUGGAGAAGGUGAUCAAGCCUCAGGUGGACCGCUACUGGCUGAAGACUAGAUGCCAUAGCAUCUUUCUGGCAGAGGGCUGGCUGGUCAACCUGGGCUGUGCCAUGGGCCGCCCCAGCUUUGUUAUGUGCGACUCUUUCACCAACCAGGUGUUGACACAGAUUAAGCUGUGGACCUACCCAGACAAGUACCGUGUUGGGGUCCACUUCCUGCCCAAGAAGCUGGAUGAAGCAGUGGCUGAAGCCCACCUGGGCUAGUUGAAUGUGAAGCUGACCAAGCUGACUGAGAAGCAGGCCCAGUACCUGAACGUGUCCCGUGAUGGCCCCUUCAAACCUGAUCACUACUGCUACUGA